UGCUAGCCGUCUGCUCUAUGGAGAGGCGGGGAAGCAGUGAUCCAAGAUGCUUCCUUUUGAUUGAGCCAAGGCGAGGGCAACGGGCAAGGGUCUUUGUUGUACGUGUUGGUAUCAGCUGACCAUGAAUCGGCUAAUCUAUUCUUCCAUAAGAAUAAGCACAGCCAUUGGACCUGUCAAGGCUCUGCUUGAACAUGGGAGGUUGUGAACAUAACAGAGGGGCAACUGUUGUAGAUUCUCAUCUAGACGCGGGAGAACAUCAUCGGGGUCCAAACCUCAUGAUCAAGGAGAGGGCCGAUUUUUGGGUCAACACUCAGUUCGAUCAAGGAAUAACAAAGGGUUUUGGCAAACUGAAAGAGUCUGUUGUAGGACUCGUCACUCAAGUCAUUUUUGGGAAUAUUAUUUUUGCGUUUGUAAGUGAGUAUUCCUUUUAGAUAUUUCGAAGGCUUAAAAUGUUGAGUGAGGGGGUAGGUACAUACUACUCUGUACAUACCAUUGAUAACCACCGAGAUUCUUGUUCCGCCUCCCUGAUCGGGUUAGUGGUUAGUGGAAUCAGGAAUCGCAUCUUUCAGGGAAUAAGGACUCGUGCCAAUCUCGUUGCUGUGCCAAAGAGGUAUUUCAUCCACAGAACGAACUGCCCCCGAUGGAUCCAAUUCAGUCCAAUGGUCGUCAAGCUCGCCGCACACGCCAGAACCCGGUAUCGUGUCGUUUGUGCCGGCUGAAGAAGCUCAAGUGUAACCGCCAACGACCUUGUUCCAACUGCUCCGCCCGUGGCGUCGGCUGUGAAUAUUUUGCACGAAACCCUGGUUCCACGUCCACGGACUGCACGGACCGAAGAGAAGCUUUACCCGCAGCAACUGAAAGCGCGGGGUUACAAGCUCGCCUGGAAAGGCUUGAGGAGGCGGUGUUUGGCAAGCAGGAUGACAGACCCUCUGUUCCUACUGCAAUGGUACCAUCAACUUGUGGCGCAUUGACUACCUCGGUUAUACCAGGUUUCGCUUUCAACGAGGAACAUGAAGUGACAUCGAGAUGGCUUGAAGGCAUCGGCACGCUUGAGAACCCGAUUUUUAGAGCGUAUGUAGUCAACAUACCAUUCAAAGUUGGACCUAUAAGCCAGCUACUCGAGAAUAUGUCAGCGACGCGGAAUGAGGCAGCACCUUGGCCACCCAGUGUUCAGCUGCCUACCAAAGAUGAGGCCAUGACACUGUCCCAAUACUUUCUGGACAAUGUCCAAUACCUUCAUCCCGUCUUCCAGCCUCAUUCCCUGCAGCAUGUGAUAGACGCUGUGUAUAUGCACCCGAAUACAGCCGUUCAAAGCAAAGUGGCAGAUAUCGCGCUGCUGCUCAGCAUACUUGCUAGUGCCAGCCAUCUGUGGAGACCACAGAGAAGCAAAUGCCUGGUCUUCUUAUCUGCGAAAGAAGCUGCUUCCAUGUCCUUGAUCUGGAGCAAUGCGGCGCUGGAUAUUCUGGAGUACUCGAAGCGAACUACUGCUGCCUCGAUUGAAGAUCUCCAGGCCACGAUCGUUAUCUCCUACGUUAUCUACAAUUCCCAAGGGUUCUCCCCCAUGUUCCGUUCACUUCAUAGCAACAUGAUUAUGAUGGCCCGAGAUCUUUCUUUACACAAGACUGAUAGUCCCCGAAGAAAAGGAGAGACAGAGCCACCGCCAAGUCCGAUUGAAGCUGACGUAAAGAGAAGGUUAUGGUGGCACAUUGCUGCCACAGACUGGUUACUGGCAUUCACCCCCGGCCCACAGGAGGGCACCUAUUCUAUUCAGCUAUCACAGAUGCAUGUGAAUCAGCCGCAUUAUCCCGAGAGCUGUGAUCAUGAUGCUGGGAAUGUUUCACUACUAUCUACCUCCUACUUCCUUCAGCGUGUUCGGCUAGCGGAAAUCUGUCGUGCGGUGGUUGACUCCUUGUCCCCGCUUAAAAUGAUUGAGAAUGCGAACUACGAGCAGAUUAUCUUCUUGGACGGCAAAUUCGAGGACUUGAUCAGAAGCCUCCCGGCAUUUUUUCGGCUAGACCAGGGUAGCAAACUCUUGUAUACCGCGCCCCAACUUACCCUCCAGCGCUAUCUGAUCCAUCUUGGGAUCUAUACCAGACGCAGCAGACUUCACCAGCAUUUCGUGGUAGCGGGGUUCACCGAUCCCAAAUAUACGUUUUCCAGAAAUGCUUGCCUAAACUCCUCCCGCGCGGUUCUGCAGAUCUGCUACAAGCUGGAGGAAAAGAAGGAUGACCUAGAGUUGAUCCCCGCCAGGCUUGCAACCGUGGUGCACCACGUCUUCAUGGCCACUGUUGUGCUAGUGAUGGACCUCUGCUCCAACAAAGUGGAAGGUUUCGAGGAACAGCGGCAAGCCGAAGUCACCCGAGCAUGCAGGUUGCUCGACAGCUUGAAACAAGACUCCGCCAUGGCCGCGAAACUGGCCCACCCCCUCAUGGAAAUCCUGCAGAAACACAAAGAAAGGCUACAGCAAAACCAGUCCUCGACUGUGCCUCUCACGGUGGUAGUACCACCUGCUGACAGCAGAAUCAGUCAAGUAUCCCCGGAUCCGUCAAGCGACUUCCAUAGGUCUUUGUCUAACACUAUCGGCCAAUAUACAUCAGCAACUACUGCCAGUGGUGGCGGCCAACAACCAGCAGCCCGAACGGAACACCAACAACAACAACAACUAUAUGUCGAGGACUGGGAAUUUGAUGCCAUGAUGCAGCAAUACAUCGAUUUGGGCCAAAACAUAGAUGGGCCUUCUUGGGGUUCUCUUUUCGAUGAUCUGGAUUCUCACCAUAUGACGGAUGCCGGGGGCGCUGUUUUUUAUGGCUAA